AAAGAUUGCGAUGCGGACAGACAUGGCUUGAUAACCCUGGCAGAAUCCAGGCACACAGUAUUCUCUUUAUGGCGAUGGAUGUGUGCAAAAAGCUCAGACCUUAUGGUAAUGAUGUGAUUUCCUUAUGCAAAUAAGCCAUUGCGGAAAUAAACAGCACGCCUCGCUCGCUCCCUUUACUUCUGUAAUAUUUUUAUACUACGCCAUCAAUUCAUCACUAAAGCGGCCAAGGCAGCCCUCCCCCAUCUUUCUCCUGGGCAAUCAGGAUCCGCCGGUUGCCUUCACUUUUCCAUCGGAUGUGUUAGAAAGCAGCGAGAGGGAGAGACAGCGAGAGGGGAAAAAAAUAGCCCGCACACACAACACAACACAGAGCCAAGACCGAGGGCAAAUAUUCCUCCAGAUGAAGCAGGAAAAUUGCAAAGGAAUGCAAAUAAGACGUUAGACAAGCUUCUAAUUCGAGUGCAAGUUGAUUACGUACUUUCACAUGGCAAUGGAUGAAUUUCAUCCAUUCAUUGAGGCACUUCUUCCACAUGUCCGUGCAUUUGCCUACACGUGGUUCAACCUACAAGCCCGGAAACGAAAGUACUUUAAGAAGCAUGAGAAGCGGAUGACAAAGGACGAAGAGAGAGCCGUGAAAGAUGAGUUGCUAAGUGAAAAAGCAGAGGUGAAACAGAAGUGGGCAUCAAGACUGCUUGCCAAACUACGCAAGGACAUCCGUCCUGAGUAUCGUGAAGAUUUCGUGCUGACCAUCACAGGGAAGAAGCCUCCCUGCUGUGUUCUCUCCAAUCCGGACCAGAAAGGCAAAAUAAGACGUAUCGAUUGUUUACGGCAAGCAGAUAAAGUUUGGAGGUUGGAUCUAGUGAUGGUGAUCCUGUUUAAAGGGAUCCCUUUGGAAAGUACUGAUGGAGAACGUCUAGUGAAGUCCCAACAGUGUAAUAAUCCCAUGCUGUGUGUGCAGCCCCAUCACAUAAGUGUUUCAGUUAAGGAACUUGAUUUAUACUUGGCAUACUUUGUGCAAGAAAGAGAACCAGAGCAAACUGGCAGCCCAAGGCCUGCUAUUGGCUCUGAAGCUGAUGAUAGCAAGACAGGAACAAUUGAACACACAGAAUUUCAGGACAGCUUUGUGACUUCUGGCGUCUUCAAUGUAAAUGAGCUAGUGCAGGUAUCCAGAACUCCCAUUGUGACAGGAACAGGGCCGAACUUCUCUCUUGGAGAAUUACAAGGUCACUUGGCCUAUGAUUUGAACCCACCAAGUGCAGGGAUGAGGAGAACUUUGCCAAGUAGCUCAUCGAGCGGAAGUAAAAGACACAAAUCUGGUUCAAUGGAAGAUGAUAUUGACACUAGUCCAGGUGGGGAGUUUUACCCUUCACCAAGCUCACCUGCAAGCAGCAGUAGGAACUGGCAGGAGGAAAUGGAAGGAGGUAUCUCCCCUACAGUGAAGAAGACAGAGAUGGACAAAUCUCCAUUUAACAGCCCCUCUCCACAGGACUCCUCUUCACGAUUAAGUAGCUUCACACAACACCACCGUCCUGUGAUUGCUGUUCACAGUGGUCUUACAUCACGAAGUCCCCAUGCCUCUUCAUCUUUGCAUUUUCCAACAACCUCCAUCCUUCCCCAGAGUGCUUCAGGUUACUUCCCUCACACAACGAUUCGAUUCCCACCACAUCUCAAUCCACCAGACCCUCUGAAGGAUCUGGUCUCACUUGCCUGUGACUCAUCCAAUCAACAACCAGGCCCGCCUGGGAGGGAGGGCGAGCGAGCCACGGACUACUCCAUGACUUCAGUGACAAUGCCACUUCGUGCUCAAAUGAGAGGACGCAUGCUUCCUGCGGAGCGAGACACCCUGUGUCAGUUGUUCUACUCCCCAGGCCCUGGGGAGUGUUAUCCUCAUGUGAAGCUGAAUGGCAGUGGUCAAGUGGUAAGCAAAGUCCCAAGCCACUACAUUUCUACACAGAUGCUGGCGCCGCCACCUCCCCCAUCCAUGGCCAGAUCAGUAACAUUGGCAAUGCCACCAGACACCAAAACAACCACAACAACCACAGAGGGUGGAGCAACUUCGCCAACAUCACCCACCUACACGACACCUGGCACACCACCAGCUAAUCGUUCCUUUGUGGGAAUAGGACCAAGAGAUCCUGGCAGCCUUUAUCAGCCACAGUCCUGGUAUCUGGGAUAGUUGAAGUCCCCUUUCAAGUAUUACAGAAGCUAUUUAAUCAUGUUUCCAGAAACAUGGUAGAGCGUCAACUUUGGUUUCAAGUUUAAAACAGAGAGAAACAAGGGAGAAGACUAUUUAUCAACUCGCCUUUAAAAGAAAAUGAAAAGUCAGAAACACUAUCAUCCUACCAACAUGUUCCGAAGAUGGGUGCAAUUCACUUCUUCCAUUGGCUGAAGCUUAGCCUGAGGUUUCCCCAUCUGUUUUAUGCAAAUAAGCCUUUAUAUUUCUUAAAAAAAAAUUCAGAACAAAGUUUACUAAAUCUGCUUUCGAAAGGGUGGGAAAAUUAACCUUCAUCAAUCGAACAUAAUUCAAAGUUACAUUAUGGUUUUCUUUUGAUUUCUCCUUUUUAAAGAGUAAAGGUAGCAUUAUUUACACAAAGGAUGGAUGCGCAGUAUUGUGCAUAAUCAUUUAGAAGUCACCCAAACUUAGCCUUCAAGUGCUGAAAUGCACAGAAUGAGUGUAUCUGUGCAUUGGAAUACCUGAGGUCGAUUAAAAGUUAUCACAGUUCAAGACAAUUCCUCACAUUUAUUCAAAUCAUUCUUGAUUAUAAUCAUUGUGAACAGUCUUUGUUUACUAACUUUAUUGCAAAGUUCUAAACAUCACAAAAACAUGCACUAAUGAAGCCUACACAUUGGAGACCAUCACUUCAAUACGGCUAAUUCAUUAGCUUGACAUCAAGUUAUACUCCUUGUUUCUAUUUCAGACGUUUGGGCAAGCUAAAUAUAAGAAAGGAUAUUUUUAUACUACACAAAUAAAUGUGUUUAAUGCAAUGGUAAAAAAUCAAUCAAUUGUUCAGACUGACAUAUUUAAAAUUAGACAGUUCCUUGGUACCAACAUUACAGGUCACAUUAACCAGGGCGAUAUUUCCUUGUCCUAACCAAUCAAUUACUGGGAACAUCAUGAAGCAAAUUCUGUCCUGUUGCCUAUAAACUAAAGAAGAUAAUGAAUAGAUUCAGUGUUAGAAACAUACUGCACCACAGGUUGGUUGGUGAAUGAUUUAAUUUACCUAAAACUUUAAACACAUUUUAAGAAUUAUUUAACCACAGCAUACCAUAAAGCAAGCCAUUCAGUAAUGUUGCUACUAUUUCUCAAUUACAAUUUUCCCACCCUACUUAGUUUUUGCAUGUAGCUAAUAGCACAGAUGCAGAUGCUCAUCUACCAGAGCAGUAGUUUUAUCGGUUUUAGUUAUUAUCGCUUCUUCACUAAUGCAUGCCAUACACCAUAAAAUACAUACCUAGCUUUUGUUGAUAGUAUUAGGAGGCAAAGGGUGGCUACAGAUUGAGUGUGGGGAAGUUCUUCAUACACAAUGCAAGUGCAAGGCCUGACGCUAGCAAACAUACUUUACCUUUCUCUCCUGGCUACAGGUUGCAUUUAUUUUCAAAAUUAAACAUACAAAUAGCUGCAAACUCAAAGUAUCUUUAGCUUAGUGGAAUACAUUUUGGGAGCAGGGUAGAAAAUUGUUUCAAGAUCAAUAUUUUUGUGUUUUUUUAAAAAUUGUAAAGUUAAACUCAAUGUAUUCAGCCCUCCGCCCCUCCCCAGGUAAUCACAUCUUUCUGCCAGUAGCUUAUUUCACAAAAGAACAGAAGCAGAAUUGAACAAGGUCUAACUUGGUUUCAGAUUCAUUCUUGGAAAGCUAACGUCCAAUCAAUAAUCAACUUUAAGUUGGGGAAAUAAAGGAAGUGGUUGGUUUUAAUGGAACAGGUUAAAUGCCUGUUUAAGCAAAGACAAAAAAAAAUCUUUUGAAAAGAUUUAAGAGGCAAGUGCAAUUGAAAGGAAACAAUUUUGUUACUUAGUGAUUCUUUGUAACUUGUCCAUGUACCCCAGGACUGUAAACAGGGGAAAAUUGUCGCUAGGCGACUGUGGCACAAAAGUGCACCCAAACCCCCUCCCCCAGCCACCUUUCACAGGUGAGCACAAAUGCCUUAGUCAGUAUAUUACUUGUUUGUUUUUAAUCAGAGGGUAGCCAGCCGCACUCUCAUAAAAUUAAAAAGACAGCACUUGUGCACAGAAUAUCAUUCGUUAAACUGACACAUAUCAAAAGCAAUAUUUGGCAUAAUUUAGUUCUGUUCACAACUGAACGCUUUUGACAAAAGUAGCUUGCAUCUGAACAAAUUUCUGUCCGUGUAAGCUUAUAUUUCUUGGUUAGGCACAGCUUUCCCUGAGCUAAAUGCUGGCAUCCAAACCUCACGAGUGUAAACAGCAACAGUGAGGUAAACUCUAAACAUAUUUAUAUUGACAUUUUUUUCAUCAAAGGUGCUGAGUUAUGCAUGGUGCUUUGAUAGUAAACUUUGUGAUCCAGCAAAAAAAGAUCAGCUGAAUUGCUGAAUUCUGACGUGCAUGGCAACUAUGUGCGGGCUUCACUCUUUUCCCUACAAAAUCCUUUCCUAAUUUGCACGGAAUUUUAUACCACAUUAUGUGCCUUGCCUUUGAGAAAAAAUGUUUAAAAAAUCGUUGGUAUCACUGCACAAUCUUUUGGCUGCAUGUAUGGUUGCUUGUCAUUAAAAAAAAUUGCCAUUGGUAAAAAUGUAAGGGUUUAUGAUUUUUGCUUCAUAGGACAUUGUAACAGCACUAAUUAUCAGUAUUCCAGUGAUUCUGUGGACUUUCGUAUAGAAUAUAUUCAUCUUGCGGUCAUGUAGGAACAUUGCUUUUGGACGUUAUUUGUCACUAAUACUUUCAUGGAAAGUGUUUCACUUUUGAUUCUCCCUACUUGCGUCUUCCAGCUCCUUUUAUUUUGAAUCUUUGGAAAAUAUGCAAUACCAGUCUUGUCUAUAGUGAUAGAGCAUUUAGCUUGUUUAAUCAUUUUGAGUUAGCACACUUGAUAACUACAACAUCAUACUUUUCUAUUUUUUUUAAAUAUUAAGUUUGUUUUAAUUGACCAAAGUUGGUGCUGCUCUCUAUACAGAAAGAAAAAAUAGGUCCUUCUCCUGUUAUAAAUAAUGCUUGAUGCAUGAUUAGGGAAGGCUGAAAAUGGGGUUGGGGGUUGGGUAUGUAUAUUUACAGUACAGCUGUGAAGCACCACACUGGCAACACAUUAUAAAAACAAGUUUAGCCUUGUUUUAUUUUCCUGUGUGUUCUGGUGGCUAAAGCAUUGGAUGCUAGAUUAUAAUUUCCUUAAUCAGAAUAAACUGGACAGGCUCCAUUUCACAAAAUACAGUGGCAGCUGAUCAGGCAAUUGAUGUAGUAAAUCCACUGGGCCCAAUAUCUUGACCUAGUGUGGUUCAAGCCUCUAUAAGUUGUAAAAUGUCAAACUGUUUUCAAUCAAGUAAAUGUUUUUCUUGCAUGUUAUUUCGGGAGAUUUGGAUUGCAACAGUGCAUUAAUUACUAAUUUUGACUAAAGAUAGGAUUCCUUUGAGCUACUUUUUAAAAAACUGUUAAGUUGAUUACAGCACUUGGUAAGCAGUACUUCUGUUGUCCUUUGUACCAGAAUCUGGUUCGAAAAGGAAAUAGGUCACAUCAUUUCUAUAGUUAUGUGCACUAUUCGGCCAGGCCCUAAAUGCUUCACAGCCCAAACUGUCAACUGGCCUGAACUUCAAGGGGAAGCUUCUAUUCUAGUCAGAAUAUAAAAAACCAUGAACUAAAGUUGUACAUAAAGAAUUGAAAAAAUGAAUAACACAAAGCAAUAGUUGUGGGGCGUCAAUUUGGCAUGGUAGCAUUGUUCAACAAAAUUGCCAUCUACACAAAGGUGGAAUGAUAAAUGAUAACCAAGACAUAUAUAGCUCUGCUUCAAGACCCUACUAAUGUCUCCGAGCUUUAAUAAUUUGUGUUUGAUUGACACUUGGUAUGCUAACUGGGAUGCUGCACAAGGGGGACAAGAAAUAGGGGAAUAAUGCCAGCAAGUUUGAUCCUUGUCACAUCCUUGUCUUGGACAUUAGCUGCCUUCUUUGCAGACUGUGUAAUUUGUAAGCUGUAUAGUUUUAUUAAGUAUGUUUUACUUAAUCUACCCUAUUUUAUAAGGCAAAGACUUUUGUAAUGAGAAAAGUACAAAAAAAAGUUUCAUUACACUGGCUUAUUAAGAAUGUUCAGCAUUAUAUACCAUUUGUAGAGUAUUCUUCCUCCAUGGGAACUGGAUUUGAGUUAAACUCUCCUGUUACCCUUAUUGUAUUUAAAUACGGUAAUUGUCCUCAUUUUUAUGGUUUUGCAUAUUCCUAUACUUUAAAAGUAUAGGCUUCUGGUGUAAAAGAGCCAUUGUAAAUGGAAAAAAUGCUUUAUUUUAUGAAGAGUAAUUAUGUCAAACUUGUAAGAAACACUUGGAAUUUUGAGAAGGAGUGUUGUCAUUGUAGUCUCUUUGACUGUUUUAAAGAAAAAAGUCUGUAGACUUUCAAGUGCUAAACUGGUGGGAGUAGAACAGAUUAUGUGUACUCUUUGUAGGGCAAGGGAGCCCAACAAAUUGUUGUAUGCAAUGUACAGUAUUGUUUGUGCAAAGGACAAUGCAAUGCUGGUAGCUAGUUUAUUUUUAAGGCAGGACAGAAAACAUUGUUUACAUGUGUAUUCCAACCCUUGGCAAUGGCUGACUGCAUGCUCCGUGAAAUCCUUGUUUAAGAAUUCCUUUAGGGAAUUCUGUUCCAUCGUUCAGACGCUCAAGCAGGAUAGAAUGCUGCCACAGUCAAACAUGUGACUUAUUAUUAUUCCUAAAGGGGUUAUGAGUUGGCUGAUAACUUUUGUUGGGAAACGUAGGGUGAACACUGUCACUAGUGCAGUUUUGCAGGCGUAAUUAUAUGUGGUGCAGACGAUGAGGUGAUCUUUGUCCCUUUAAUUGAGAAAUUUUCGUUAACCAUCUAGCCCUUCCGCAUUUGAUAGAACAUUCUAAAUAUUUACGGUCACGUCAUCAGUGUUUUUUUUUCCUCUAACAUUCCAUUUUACAGUUGAUUGACACACAACUUAAUGCAACACACGUAAAACUCUUCCCACAUUCUCUUUAAGGGUACCGAUGGCUCCAUUCUCGAUGUAUACCUUUAAAAUUUAUAACAGGCAUUAAUAUUUUUAAGUCCUGGCAGUUUUGAAACUUCAGUUUUUUACCUGUCAGAUGGAAAAGCAUUUUUUAAAAAUGGAAUGAAAUGCGCUUAAUGCCCAUUACUUUUAUUUUCAAUAAAAUAUAGAACAUAGAACAUUACAGCACAGGACAGGCCCUUCGGCCCUCGAUGCUGUGUGUAUCACUGAAUUUAUUAUCUCUGUGAUGAACCGUUGAUUGAUAUGUAAAGCAUCGCUGAAUAAUAUAAUUUUCAAUUAGAGUCCAAGAUAUAGUCAUGUUCAAGGUGAUAAAUAAAAUUUAUUCAAUGAAAUUUCUAACUAAACUUUUCAUUACAGAUACCCCAAGUUUCUAAAAACUAAAACUCUAAAAGGAACCAAUAAAUUUUGAGCUUUGUGAAACAACGGGUGUUAAAACAACCUGCUGUAGCAAAGAGCAUUGCUGAUCUAGGUGAUUGAUGUCCCCUAACUACUACUGCUUUGAUUUCACUGAUGCAAUGCUCUCAAGGAUAAUGCAGUUGUACUCACCCUAACUGCUCAACUCACUACUCAGUCUGCAUAGUAAAGACCUGCAAAACCUCUGUUGUAAGAUAGCAUGCACUAGAUGUCAAGACACCCAAUCAGGAACUGACAAAAUUUAUUUCCCUCCUCAAACCCUGGACAAAUUUGCACUGCUCCACAUCUUUCACCUUUUCCGUUUCUGCAAUAACUCGAGGCAGGGACUGAAACGGAACAAGCUGCCAUUGACAUUGCCAUUAGUCACAGCAUUAGUAAAGCCAACACCAUUCUUAGGUCUACACCACAGAUAUAUUUUUUCUAAGGUUUUAUCUAACCCCCUGCAAAAUGUGCCAGUUGCUUCAGUUAGCCUGAAGGGAAUAUGCAAAUUCCAUCACAAUUUCCAUUUCUUUUUUUCUCUGUUGUGCAGCUCCUUUGCAGCAAUGCGCAAUGACACACGUUAAGCAGCCAGAUUACGUUUUGUAGAAAGCAGUAGAUAUACUGGUAUUGUUGUUUCACAUACACAGCUCAUCUGAACAUCUGUAACUGGGUCUCUGGAAAUCUCUUUGAAAGACAGUAAGUGAAGAGGAAACACAUGAGUUCUCAAGGACAGCUAAAGAGACACCUGACUGCCUGUCAUUGUAAAGGCAUUUUCGUCAGGCUGUGCAAAACUCUGAAUUGCAAGAAAGUUUGUGAAGGUUUCUGUUGAUGUGUUAGUGCUCAAAGCAUUUUUGGAAAUUCAGUUUUCCAUCUCUGUUGAUCAGGUUGAAAGCGUCUCAACCUUGUUUACAUGGUAGGUGAGUGUUAAUUGGGUUCUGUGUGAUGAGGACUUUGCUGAGUCCAGUAUUCAUCCCUGUACAUUUUAACUGAAGUUUUCGGAUUACGUUAAACAAGAUAAUUUGACUCCUAAAAUCCCCUUUUAUGAACUGAACCCCCAACUACAUCUUUUUGAUAUUAAAAUUAUUAACUGUUGUUUAGAGUCUUUUAUAUUCUACAAAAAAACUUCCCAGUUUUUAAUUGACUCAAACCCUGUACCCAUACCAAUGAUAAUAUCAGGAAUACAAUUCCAAAUUCUGGAUCUCCCCAGUUGAAAAGUUCAGUGCUCAGAAUACAAAGCCCAAAGGCUGUUGUUAGGGUGCACUGAGCUCUGCAAAGGAGGAGGUCAGGAGAAUUAGGCAGUAAAAGAAGCACUGCAGUUCACUUAUGCUCCUAUACAACAAUGUACAGUUUUUACUAAAAGGAUUAGGAAGACUGGCAGCUAGGACAGAAAAAAACAUUGAUCUGACAUUGAUCCCAUUGACCUAAAUAGCCCAACAAUGCAACCAAUGUCCUCAGAAUUCAAUCAUAAAAAUGUCAUACGUCAAAUUUGUUACUUUUUCUGAGAGAACAGAAACAAUGUCACAGCCAAACCUUCUUUGACAGUAAUUUUGCUAAACGUUGAAGAAUGCUGAUGAUAGAAUUGCUCAGCACAAUAAGAGGCUCUUGGACAAACAGCAUAUCAUCUUCACAGCUGUUGAAUUUCUGUAACAUUUGCUUACUCUUGUACCACAAGUUUGUCAGAGGAGAUUUUUUUAAAUUGAGAAGUUUUGAUUACAUUUUACUUACAAAUUGUAAAUAAUUAAUACAUUUCCUUUAAAUUGUAUAUUGCAUUUCUGGUAUUCUAGAUCUGUUUGUUCUUUCAAUACAAUCAGAUCAGUGGAAAUGCAUGUUCAAAAAAUUAUUUUUGCACAGAAGCAUACACUCAAAUAUUAAUUACUUCAAUAUUCUGAAGCUUAUUACUUAGACAUUAUUACAAUUCAGUAGGUACACUAUAAUAAACCUAAGGUACAGUUAUAACAUUUAAAAGACAUUUGGAUAAGUACAUGAGUAGGACAGGUUUGGAGGGAUAUGGGCCAAAUGCAGAUAGGUGGGACUAGUUUAGUUUGGGAAUGUGGUUGGCAUGGUUGAGCUGAAGGGUCUGCUUCCAUGAUAUAUGACUCUAUGACUAUUGUAUUUUACUGCAAGCCAGUAACCAAAGGAAAUAUGUUUCAAAGCCUUAAUCCAUCUACAGAACCCAAAUGAGGCAGCUCCAUGUAAGCAAGGUUAUGCUUCAUGUGCUUUGAUCCAUCUGCACUGAACUUUACUGUAUGAAAUAACAGGAAAACAGGCAAAAGAUCCAUUGAUGCAGCACAUUUUCUGCAAAUAGCCCAUAGGGAGUAAUCUGUUGAUUAGCAUGACAGUAGCGGCAAGAAAGAAGGGAAAAGUUCAGCUUCCUUUUUUUCUGCAAAUCUGAGCUUUGAUGUUGAUCAUAGUUAUAUAGAGGGCAAUGAUCUGAUAAGCAGUUGCAUUAUUCUCUGCAGUUAUUUCUAACAAUUUUAACAAGCCAGCAGAAAAGUACCAAAAACAUUUUUAAUAAAUGCAGUGCCUGAUAGUCGACUGCUGGAUUCAACUUUGCUUUGCAAGACCUGGUUUUCACAGUUUGUCUUUUUUUAUGUCUUUUUUGCACAGGCUCUAUGACAAAUGUCCUUUGAACAUCACGUUGUAAUUCCAUAUGUAUUACGUUGCACAUAUUCUGGGAAGAGAAUAUUUCUCUGAGAACGCAUUGAGACCGUGUUAUUUCUGAGGGUUUUUCAUUAUAUUUUAGAAUAUUACAGUAGUUACCACAGUAGUUAACCGCUUGCUUGCUGCACAGACAUACACACACUACACACCAGGACAAACUUGUGGCUCUUUAGUUGCUUGAUGCAAACUUCUGACAAAAUAAAAUCUUUCAUGAUCACAGUUCUCCUCCAACAACUAAAAAUAAUCAUUUAUUUUGAUUGUAUUUGUCUUUUGAUUUUUAGCUAAUUAUGUAAAGGGACACUUGUACAAAUACCAGCAUCUUUCCUGCUGCUUUUGUACACAGAUGUACAGUAUAUACGUAACUAAAUCACCACUCGUUUUAAACUGGUGUGAACUCAGCUUGACAUUUGAUUAUAACCAUUGUAUUCAGCCAUUACUGUUAGCAGCUGCUCAUACUACAUACAAUUACUGGAAGUGAAUAUGUUUCCCUAUGCAAAAAAAGUUUAAAAAAAAUAAACAAGCUAUGCUACA